AGGCCUAUACGUCGGUUGCUGUCUAUUAUAUAUAUGGAACCAGCGAGUUACUCACUUUACUUGUGAGUUGUAACAACAAGAGCAGUUACCAAGCACUCUCAAUUGUGAUCUCUCUCGGAAGAAAGAAAAAAGACGAGAAGAAGAUGGCAGAUAGGGGCUCAGCCAACUGCAUAGAUAUCCUCCUGGCCAUAUUAUUGCCUCCCCUUGGUGUCUUCCUCAAGUUUGGCUGCAAGGUGGAGUUCUGGAUUUGUCUUGUGCUGACAGUAUUAGGAUACAUCCCUGGAAUCAUCUAUGCCAUCUAUGCCAUCACUAAGUGAAGUCACCUUCGUUACUUUAAUUAAUUAUGUUUGUGGGAGAAGUAUUGUAUUGGUGUAGUCAAAUUCAGUGUGAGUGUGUGUUGGGGUCCCCUGUCCCUGUGGUACUUAUGUUCGUUUUUAUUUAUUAUUGUUUAUCUAUCGGCUUUGCUGUAAAUUAAGACAAAUUAUUCCAGUAUAUUUUUAGUUUUCUGGUUACUUUUAUUUUGUCAUUUGAUUCCGGUAGGGGGAGUUGUAUAAAUAGAUUCUUAUUCAAGA